UCACAUCCGGAUCCGUGUUAAGAAUGAGUACUUUUCCAGGUGUAAUUCCGGAACUUCCAGGAAUAGCUAUUGACCGCUUCGAACCGGAGCAACGGCAGCAAGCUUCUGCCUUCUUCCUGUCCCAUUGCCACACCGAUCACAUGCGAGGAUUAGAGUUGGACGAUGUGCUGCCCGGACCGUUAUUCUUGAGUCCCGUUUCUGGAGUUUUUAUCAGGCACCGUUUUCCCCAGCAUGCACCCCGGGUACGAACCAUGGCCAUCGGAGAGCAGGUCACGCUAACCAUCCAUCCGGCGGAACCCGGAGAGGAGGAAUAUGAACUCACGGUACGCAGUAUCGCCGCCGAGCACUGUCCCGGGUCUGUAAUGUUCUUCUUCGAGACAACCACUGAACGCAUCCUUUAUACGGGAGAUUUUCGACUGUCACAGGGACACGGGAAUACCAGCGUGAUCCGUUCGCUGCGACCACAGAUAGUUUACCUCGAUAGCACCUUCCUCAAUCAGGAUUACAAGCAUUUCCCCACGCGGAUUGAAUCGACGGAGAAAAUCGUCGCACUAUGCUCAGAGUGGUUAGCUGAAGAUAAGCGGAACCGAGUGUCCCUGUGGCUCCCAGCACACUGUGGUUCGGAAGAUCUGUUCCUCAGUAUAUACGAACGGAUGCAGGAAAAAAUUCACGUGUCCGAGAAGCAGCGUGCGCCACUACUACACUUUCCCGCCCUAUCCGAAGUACUGACCGAUGACACUACGGUGAGAAUACAUGCAUGCCAAGGGACGGCGACUCGUGGAGGCCGAUCAAGCCUAGCGUGCCAGUCGUACGGGAAUGAAACGGAAGCUGCUUCCGUUGUAAGAACUAUACGCCCGUCUGCGCUACGUUGGCGUGGAUUAACAGCUAACGAUGAAUACUGGCAAGCGGGAGGACGCCUGUUCCACGUUUGCUACUCCAACCAUGCCAGCUGCAGUGAACUGGCGGAAUUUCUCCAGCUACUGAAACCACACGUACGGGAUGUUCGGUUAAAUGUGGUAACCGAUGAUAACGACCUGCUUCGUAAAACACAAUGCCUCAGUAGCAUUCUCGACGAUUCGGCACCGGCAGAAAAGGGAAAUAGUAGCAAUCCGGUUGAUCCGAAUGCGUGUUUGAAUUUAGAUAGAUUAAUUUACAAGGCUAGGCAUACUGUAUCCUGUCUUACCGUAGAUCAUCUUGGAGCCUCUGACCAGUCGUCGGAAGAGGACGAAAUGUACCAUAGAUUGCCGAAACGUUUGCGGCAGGAACCUAACAUAAAGCUCUAGCAUUUCCGAAAUGGAUGUACUUUAUAACGGGCUUUUAUUAUUUUCUACUAACACAUGAGUACAGCGCGGUAACACAUUACGCUAA